AUGCUCGAUGAUCGAGACGCUCAGCUAGACACUGAAGAAAAUGCAUGUGGGCAGCAAGCAAUUUGGCGCCACGUGUAUGACUUGAUGAAAUGCGAUUCCCCCGCAUGCCGCCUGGGACCUUACUGCUGGCUUGACCCAGUAGGAAAAGAGCAUUAUCGACUUCGCACACAAACCCUCAAGCGAUUAGUGACCUAUGCUGAGAAAGGCGGCGUCCUUGAAACACAUAAAGAUGUUCCGGAUGAAAUACAGGAAGAGCUUCAUUUGGAAGAACAGCAACGACAGGAGAAAGACAAAAGCAAAAGUGGCAAGGUUCUCGGCGUCACACCGUAUCUACCUAUCAACAUCAAUGUUCUGCCAUCUCACUCUGUUGGAUUGGAUCCAACAGCUUCCAGUGCAACUGCUGACCCAAGAGUUUCAAAAGAAACAUCUCCUUUGAAGAUUCCUGGUUCCAGAGACGUAGCUGUCAAAGAGUAUGGUGAGUGGCUUGCAUCAACUGUAUCGGAUGAUACACUCAAAGCUGCAUUUCGGCAGGCGUGUGAUGUGACGCUGUCGGAUGGCUUCGACCUUGAGCACAUACAUAAGGACGAAAAUCUAGGAUUCUUCGUUGGUAAAGGGGUCAUGCCGGGAAUUGCUCGCACAUUUGUAGAGAAUAUCCGUAACUGGGUCGAAACUGUGAAGAAAGUAAUACCCAUUCUUGAUGAUGUAUAA